UGGAACAGUCCACCACGCACCCUCUCUGCUGCAGUCCGGGGGGUUUCUGUUACAGAGGAAUGAACUCGGUUCCGAGAAAAGAACACAUCAUGGACCAUGAAAGCGUCCAGUGGGGUGUGCGUGGCUCCGGAGGAUGUGGCGCGCAGGAGAGUGUGUAGUGCGGGGGUUUGUUCAGCAGAUGAGGAGCGCAUGAGUACCAGGCCCUGGACUUUAGAGCAGCUUGUGUGAUCUAGGUUUUAAAACAAAAUGACUGAAAAGACGGCUCCUUGGUGGAGAUCCUUCGUCGGAAAGAGGCGGAAGGCGGCCAGGGAAUCGGCAUCGAUCCUGGAGCAGGACCUCGCAGCCCACAGAAGCACCGAAUCCAGCCAGCAGCCCAUCUCCAUUACCACCACUCCGGAGCAGAGAAGCGGCUCAGUGACCAGUUCGCAAGCAGCAGGAGGGCAAGCUGUUCUAGCCGAUGACACUUACGACGACUCUGUCGUACAGCCGACGUUCAGCGAGAGCGCCAACCGACGCAACCUGCGCGUGUCACGAUCAGGCCGCUUCAAGGAAAAACGACACACGCGUGUGGGCCUGCCAGAACAAUAUGGAAACACUGAAAGGGAAGAGCCACCGAGCAAAGGCGACAUGAACUAAUCAUGCCUGUCACUGCGAUUAAUCCCAGAUUCUGGACUGGAAGAAUACUUUGGUCUGGUAGAACAUGCAAAUGCCUACAGCUGUGAGUGUGAUAAGUAAUCAGCCACCCUUAGUGUACUAUCCGCUUGAGGUUGUGUGGUUGAUUAACUACACACACAACAGAAAGACACAUCCGAGCAGCUAAAACUAGCACAUGACGUAAAAUAUGCUGAGUGAUGUAUCUGCAAUUCCUGGAACUCUUCAACAAACCAGAUGGCUUGAACGGCUUCACUGGUCUCUCCUGAUUCUCACGCUGGCAUAAGUGACCCACUGCAUGCAUUUAGUCAUUUCUCUUCAGUCGUUCUUGUUUCUCAGUGCGUGGAACCGAGAUGCUCUGAAGUUCUCAUGCUUCGGGGGACACAGUUGCAGGGCUUUGGCUUGUUCAUAAACGAAGCUGAAUGAAGACGGCACAUUUCUCUUGAGUGAAAAUGCUGGCAGGGAUGAGAGCAGGUGCACAGAAGCACAUGUCCUCUUAUAUAUGAAGUUUUAACUGUAUAGUUCUGUAUUUUGGAAUAAAAAUGUUUUAUGAAGGAUUUAAUAUAUAUUCACUAAGAAGGUUGAACGAUUGCACUGUAAAAAAGGGGGGGGGGGUUUGUGAAGAUUACUAUUUUGCUGCUUGCAGGGAAAUGAAGUUUAUAUCAGAUUAAGUUGUUAUGUACUGAUUUGUUUUUCAAAGCUAUGAGCUUACCAUCACACACAUUAUGGAAACCGGGUGGAAGUAUUUACCCACUCCAUACAUCAAUAAUGAAGGUCAAUAUGGUGCAAAGAAAUUAAUCAGAACUUGAACAAAUAAUUUAUACAAAAUCAGCUACUGAAUUAGCAUUGAGCUCUUGUAUAUGUGUUGUAUCAGACCUCCGGAAUAGGAAUGAUGUGGUAGAGUCACCCAGGACAUAAUAAAUAAUAAAUUUCUGGGUUAAAAGAAGGUUACAUGAAGUAAAGAAGGAACUUUCAUUUAUUAUUAUUAUUAUUAUUAUUAUUAUUAUGCAAGCCUGUAGUUCUAAAAGAUGAAGAUCUGGCAACACAAACCUGAAUUUAAUAUUAAGAUUAUUUUGAGAUUUACAGUUAAACAUAUGCUUUAAACACUUGGCAGGAAAAAAAAUGCAAAUCUGUUCUUGCAAUCCGAUUUUUGAAAUGCAGGAUGACAUUGUAAAUAAAGAAAUCUGA